AUGCCUAUCCCAAUGCGACGCUUCAAGUGGGCAAGAGGCAAGAAGCCAAGACGUAUGAAGGACCACCUUGCAUGCUUCGGAGGCUCAGUGCGUACAGUAAUGUGGUCAGGUCUACAAACAGCUCGUAUUACCGAAAUGGGAGAGUCCUUGUCCCCAUUGCCACUGUACCAUCCCAUCCUGUUCAAUACUACGGGCUCUCGUUACGAACAAAUGGCAUUCCACCAUGCUGUGUCCUGUACCAUUCAGGAGUUGGGCGAUUAUUCCUCUCGGUAUCACUUCUGGCGCGAAAAAGUCCCUCUCGCAGGUCAACACGAAGCCGCAGUGCAUCAUGCCCUCAUCGCUCUGGGGGCUAUGCAUUGGUCAUUCCUACUGCAAGAUAACGUGUUCAUCCCGCCUGUGAUAACUAGGCUACGGCAUACUAUAGCUUUGAGACAUUACACCCUCUCAAUGCAACUUGUUCAGUCACUGGGUCCUGGCACGCCCCUGAAGACUAUGAAAACUACGCUAAUGUGCUGCCUUAUCUUUAUUUCUAUUGAGAAUUUGAGUGGUCAUCACGUGGAGGCUUUGAGACACUUACAAGCAGGCUGCCGCCUCCUCGUAUCGCUAAGGUCGAUAGGCACCAACUAUAGGAACGGAUCGAAUCCCGUUCCUCAAGAUGACGAGUUAGAUGAGCUUACCAACUUAUUCUCACGACUGGCCCUGGAUGCUUCAGUCUUCAUUGACGACGACGUACUCUCUCAUUUCAGCAUGUUCGGACACCCAGAAACGACAGCGUUUUCUUUACCGCCACCUUGUCCCGGAUCGUUCGUCAGUGCAGCUGCAGCGCGUGAUAUGCUUCAUCAACUAGAGAUUGCUCAUGAUAUCUUCUAUGAGCGGGUUUUCGGGGAGCACGACUGUCAGAUUGCCUGUACUGAUUCUGAUGUCAAAUCUAGACAUGAAGAACUGCCUCUCGAGUUCGGACAGAGGGACAUAGGCAUGUACCGCAUGAUACACCAAUGGUUUCAGUGGUGGAGUAAAAGUUUUGACUUGUAUAUUGCUACUGGCGAUCGUCAACAUCUCAGACAAGAGGAACAUUUGAUCAUGAAGCUUCAACUUGGACAGAAAACGUGGGCUGCGCUACUUAAGGACGACUCCCCGUCUCUGGACAUUGGUGGCAUUGUCUCGCAAAGCGAACUCGAAGCCAUUAUCGAGCAGGCAGAGAAGAUCACCAAUAAAACCGGUCCUCGGUACCACCCCACGUUCUCCUUUGAUGCCCAGGUCAUCAUCUCCCUUUGGUAUGUUGUGGCAUUCGCCACCGACAUCGCCCUUAUGCGGAGGGCCACCAAAGUAUUGAGGGAGCUCAGGCUAAGGGGAGGAUUGUGGGACAGCAUAGAGUUGGCGGAGGUUCUUGAGGCUAUAAUGGUUUCCUGGGAGCAGCAUGGAACACAUAUCAGAGGGUACCCUGGUGGCUUGCUAUCUACAGCCAAAACCCUAUCAGACUUUGAUAUGACAUGCAUCAAGCCGACGAACUCGAUAUUGAUACUACACGACUCACUGAAAGCUUAG